AUGGUGGUGGAAACAAAAUUCCCAAUGGGUAUAUUUGAAUGUAUUUUUGUUCGUGCAGAUCUAGUUGUUGCCAGUGCUGGGGAAGAUAAAAAAAUCACCCUGUGGCGGAAAAAUGGGCAAAGUAUGGGUACAGUGCCACUUUCAGAUAGUGAUGCUGGUGAUAAUAUUAGUGUAAGUAUUUCCCUCUGCCAAUUUUCCAUUUUGUAUUUAUUUUGUGUCUAUAAAUGUCCUGAGUUUCUUGUGCUUUCCUUUUUCCCCAUUAUCCCAAGAGAUGUGAUCAAAUGGACCCAUUACACAGCUCGUGAAUAGUACCAAAUGAUAGAGAGAGAAACAAAGCUACAAGCGAGUCAAGGAAACCAAAAAUGAGUGGAAAAUCAAAGUCACAGUCGAUCUCCUCUUAUCUUUGUUAGUGGCUGCGUAA